UGGGCGGAAACAUUCCGAAAUCCCCAUAACAGUCUUUUUCAGGGAUCGGCAGCUAUAAUAUAGCUAUUGUUUUGAUCGCAUAGCCUACCUAACGACCAGCCGAAGAAAAUGACGAGCGAGCCCGAGGCAGAUGUUUCGGAUGUUGCAGCGCAGAGCGCGAGCGAUUCAGGCGACGCUGGGGCGUUAGUGGAAGUUACUUUCCAGAGGAACCCACGUCAAAAAUACAAAUACCUGGAGGCAGAACCCAAGAUUUUAGGGGUGACGGAGAUCGCGCUGAAUGUCUUCUUCAUGGGUCUCGGAAUUCUGUUUUAUUUGGGAAUAUCUUAUGAAUACAAUCAUCCGUAUACUAAGAUAAUCAGUUUUGAAUGGAUGAUAUACAACAUCAUGGGAGCGUUUUCCGCUGUUGCUGGCAUAAUUGCUGGCAGUUUGGCGAUAGCAGCGCAGAAACUCCACUUACCGACACUCAAGGCAUGUUUGGGAAUGCAGGUGAUCACUUGUGUGUUAUAUGCUGGCUAUCUCCUCAACACGAUGACUCCCUCAUCACAUGGUGUCUGCUGGCUUUUCUACCAUUAUAACGAGACAGUUCCUGAAAACAGCACAUGCCUACUUUUAGAGGAGGUACUCACUCAGCUGACUGUAUUGGAUCUACUCAUGGAGUUGACUCAGAUCGCUAUCUCUCUCACUCUGGCCGCGUACUGUUGCAAGGUGAUUCCCUGCUGCACUCCCAGAUCUCAUGUGCCUGUCAUCGCCAUGAUGCGGCCUACAGCUCCACAGUGAAAGUGAUCGUGUGUGCACCUUAAAAGACAUAAUUUUAUCUAAUAAUACUAAUAAAACUGGUACAUUAUUAGACACACCUAUACAUUAUACUAUAUUCAAACAUAUCAAUAUUUCUAUUCAUUUAUUUUUUAUCUAUACAAGGGCAUGAAAACAAUAACGAAGUGUGUCUUUUUUCACUUAUUUCUGAACACUAAAUUUUAGCCAGUUUGAAUUCAUUAAUAUGAAUUAAUAUCGUUACAAUACAAAAUGUAAACGUGUAAGAAUGGCCUUUUACAGAACAUAUACUGUAAGAAUCACUCGCUAUAUGGACAAUGUCAAUACUCAAAUAAGAGGUUAUUAAAAUAUAUAUAUUUU